UUAUAUACUAUAAUUAUAUACUAUUCAACUAGACGUCACUAGUUCUAGAUCUCAUUAUUAUUAUUAUAAUAAUAAUAUUAAACGUAAGUCCUAAUUCUAAUACAAACGUCAGUAACAUCACUAAGAAGUGUAGUAAUGUUCAAUUUAGAAAAUCAGUGCUACAUACUCUUAGUGUCAAAAUAUGGACGGAAGAAAGAUGCUUUUAAUCACAAUUUACAGUCUUGCUACAAUGCAUCGAAAGACUCAAAGGACAAUUUUGAAAUCUUAGCAGGAACAUUACUUAUGCUAGUUGAUGAAAAGCCUGACAAUAUUAAGCAUGAAUAUAUUUUAGAAACUCUAGAUUUAGAGAAAACUUAUAUUAUUAAAUGUGAAAAGAAAGAAAUUGAGGAAAUUCAUGAAGAUAUUAUUGAUCUAAUCAGACCUAUACCUACUUGUAAAGAGCGUCUGGAGGUCUACAAUGACAAAAAUUGGAUAGCUGAUGGUAAACAUUUGAAGCUAAAGGAGCAAGUGUUUGUAAAACUUAAAAAUGAUUUAAGUGAAUAUGAAGAUCUACGAUAUAAGGGGUCAGAUAUCACAGAAUGGAAAGGAAUAUAUUUUGGAGUGCAACUUGUGGAAAGGAAAGGUAAUUGUGAUGGUUCAAUAAAAAAGAAACGCUUCUUUAAAACAGAACCAGAUUUUGCAGUGUUUGUUCCUCUACAUAAAAUUAGAAAACGGAGAGAGGACUGGCACAAAAACACAAGGAAGAAAGCCGAUGAAAAUGGAGAUGCUUUCCUACCUCAGGAAUAUAAUUUGAACUGUAAUCUUAGUGUAGGCGAACGAGUUGUUUGGAUCAGUGAUGAUGGUCCUGAGAGGGGAUUUGUCCGGUGGAUUGGUGUCCUGCCUGGUGAAGCUGGAGACAAUAUUACUGUUGGUGUUGAAUUUGACAAACCAGUGGGAACAGGGACUGGAAAAUAUAAAGAUCAAAGAUUAUUCUUUACAAAACAUGGUCAUGCAUCUCUUAUUCCAUUAAUGGGUUUGAUUAAGGAAGAAGAAUUUGAACCAGUUGGCCACUAUGAUAUGGGAACUGAAUCUGCAAUACUUGUGCCUGGAGAAAAUUUGUCCCGAUCAACCAAUUCUGAUAAUAGAACAAUUAGAAAUAUAGAUUUACCUAUGCAGGUCAAUAUUAGCAACAGUCAGAGUUUUGCUGAGACUGGAGUCAAUAGUAAUGAUAUCCCACUGUACAAACACAGAGGCAUGGAUUCCAGUGGCUUGAAUCCAGUGUAUGAACAUUCGCGGUUACAAGAAGAAACAAGUUCAAGCUCAAAAUCCUCUUCAAGUUUAGGUCGUAACAGUAACCAGGAAGUGGAUCCAGACUUAAUGAUUGGCUCAAUGGUAGAAGUACAACUGAAGGUUCCUUUAUAUGGUGUCAUUCGGUGGAUUGGAGAAUUGGAAGGGGGAAAAUUAACAGCUGGACUAGAAUUGGAGGAGGAACAGCAUUUCUCAUCAGAUGGUACAUUUCGUGGCGUUCGGUACUUCACAUGUGCACCAAAGAAAGCUUUUUUUAUACCUCUGUAUAAAUGUAGUAAAGAUAAAAGGUUUUUAACACAUCACAGAAAGCAAUCAACAGAUUUUGGUAUUCCUGAGACCCCUGACCUCACAGGUGACAUCCCUAAUCCUGAAAUUGACAAAAAUAAUAUUGGAGAAAUCUGUGGCAAAAAUAAAGGUAUCCAAGGUCAUCACAACUCCUGCUACCUGGACGCAACAUUAUUCUCCAUGUUCUAUUUCACGACUGUGUUUGAUAAUAUCUUCAAUCGGCCCACCAAAGAUGGAGACCUCCCCGAAUAUCCAAAAGUUCAACAGGUGCUUAAAGAAGGCAUUGUAAACCCUUUGAGAAAGUACCAUUAUGUGAGGGCGGACAAAGUACUAAAGCUAAGAGCAUUGCUGGAUAAAUUAGGAACGAUACAAGGCAUGAUGGGAGAAGAGAAAGAUCCUGAGGAAUUUUUGAGUGCGUUGCUAACACAGAUAAUGAGAGCUGAUCCUUUAUUACACUUAAGUUCUGGAGAGCACACAUAUUUUUACCAAUUAUUUAUGGAAAAAGAUGAAAAAUUAUUGAUUCCUACAACACAGAAAUUAGUUGAGUUGUCAUUUUUACAAGGGAAUGUCAAGUUAAAAGAGGUUCCUUCAUGUCUGAUGAUACAAAUGCCCAGAUUUGGCAAAGAUUAUAAAAUGUUCCGUCGUAUAGUUCCUAGUUUACAGUUAGAUAUUACAGACAUAUUAGAAAAUUGUCCGAGACACUGCAUAGUUUGUGGCUCUCUGGCAAGACAUGAAUGUAAAGACUGUUACCAGGUUCAUGGUCAAGGACUCAAUACAACAGCUUUUUGUGAUAACUGUGUUAAGACAUCUCACCAACAUGUUAACAGACGCAACCAUAAGCCAACAGCCAUUUCUACAGCAGACUUUGAGCAAUACUAUGAACAGAUGAAAAAGGAAUUGUCUGAAGGACAGAAGGGAAGUGAUGACACCAUUGUUCUGCGCAGGGAGAUCAUGGAACUGUUUGCAGUCAUAUGUAUACAGACAAGUCAUUAUGUUACUUUUGUCAAGUGUGGUUCUGGCAAAAGAGCACCCUGGGUCUUUUUUGACUCCAUGGCCGAUAGAAUGGGCGAACAAGGUGGUUAUAACAUCCCCGAAGUCACUCACAUACCUGAACUUUCCAAGUGGCUAGAUGAGAGUAACGUUCAGGAACUUUACCGGAUAGGAGAUGAUAAGGAAUUACCAGAACAUCUGCGAAGGAUCUUGUGUGAUGGCUAUAUGUGCAUGUACCAAAGUACCGAAGUCAUGAUGUUUAAUUAAAAGUAGUGACUUUUUUAAAGAACAAUUGACUGGCUGCAUGGUUUCACGCAGCUUAGAGAUUUAUUUUUUUUUAAUACUGCCAGGUGUCUUAUUCACUCACAGCUUGACCUAUAUUCUUUUUGCCCUUUUACCAAACUAAGGAAGGUAGAAAGUAUGUCGGUGAGAUAUGAGACACCACUGUAGCUCACAAUCUGCAAAUGAAACACAAACCAACCAAGUGGUUAUAAAAUCUAAUUCAUUGAGAAGUAUAAUGACAUCAGCAAUGCCACCCACAAUGACAUUGAGAAUUAUUCCAAAAGUUUUGUAAUUGCCAAAUUCCACCUAUUUUAUCUUUGUAAAUUUGUGAAGUAAAAGUGGUAUAUAUGUUUCAGGGUUUCUAACCUUACCACACCAAAAAAAGCUGUCUUCUAGGGUGUCUGGAGAGGGCUGCAAGUUGUACCAAUCAAUUUCUUGCAUUCUGGACUCCAGAAAUGCAUUCUUGUUAUUUCAGCAGGGCACACUUUUAGUCAAAAGAAGUGAGUAGAUGAUAAAGUCAGAUAAAAAGGGUGCAAGAUGCACCAAUACUGAGUUUGUGAGAGACUUUCAUGGUAUGAGAAGCAUAUGUUUUGUUUUGGGUCUUGGAAAAGAAGGGUCAUACAACAAUCAGGAGAAAUAAAUUGCUAGAAAUAAAUGGCUCUGUUGGUGAAGAUGCAUUGAAAUGUCUUCUUCAGAAGCCUUGGUCUUUGGUCCAAUUUUCUGGAAUUACCUAAAGUCUUUGUAGUAUUACAUGUAAUUAAUCUAAACAGUUCAGCAAAUGUCAGUAGUUUCAAUAGUUUCAUCUAACUGCAACACAGAUUUUGCUUUUUAUUUUUAUACAACUAAUAAAUUAAUCAGACCAGUUAUUCUCUGGAUCUGUGUCAGUUCACUAGGGAAUGACUUGCAGUUACAUAACAUCUUCUUAUAGCAUGGUCUGUACCAGUGGCGUUAAUAGUAGGGUGUGGGCCGCCCACUAGGGGGGUAACACCAAAGUGGAAAAGAUAUAGGUUACUGAUCAUGCCUAAUUCACAACUUAUAUAUAU